UCCAUUUGAGGCCUUUUGAAAAUUCCUUAAAUCUCGAUUUUCUCUUUUUAUAUUCACAUUCUUAGAGCACUACAUUACUCAAUUCGAAAUGCAUUUUUUUAAAAAAGAGGUAAAAGAUAUAUUUGUGUCGAACGACAGCGGUGUUAGAGACAACAAUCUCCCGUCGAGUUUGAAGAGGAAGAAUGUGUACUCUCCUAUUGAGAACGCUCCAAAGGGUGGUAGAGGCCUCGGCUUGAAGCUGCUUCAAUCGCUAAGGUUUCAGAGACCGUCAAAAGAAAGCUUAAAGAUGGCAAUGGAAGGGAAACAUGAUCCAAAGGAGGAAGAAGCUGUUGAUCAAUUAAGGGAAAUGCUUUUUCUUGAUGGUAAAUUGCCAACCAAAUUCAAUGAUUAUCAUACACUUCUAAGAUUUCUUCGGAUGAGAAAUUUUGAUAUUGAAGCAGCAAAAGAUGCGUUUUUGAAAUUCAUCAAAUGGAGAGAGGAUUUUAAAACCGAUACAAUUUCAAAGGAUUUUAAAUUUGAAGAGAAAGAAGAAGUAAAGAAAUGCUACCCACAUGGAUUCCAUGGAGUAGAUAGAUAUGGAAGACCAUUAUACAUAGAAAGGAUUGGAAUGGUUGAUCUCAACAAAUUGUUGCAAAUAACAACACUUGAGAGAUUUAUAAAGUAUCAUGUUUCUGAACAAGAGAAGACUUCGAGUAUUAGAUAUCCUUCGUGCUCUAUUCAUUCCAAGAAGCAUAUUGCUUCUACUACAAGCAUUUUCGAUGUUGGUGGUGUGGGAAUGGCUAACUUCUCUAAACCUGCAAGAUAUCUAUUUACAGAAAUUCAAAAGAUCGACAGUAGUUACUAUCCAGAGACACUAAAUCAACUGUUUAUAAUCAAUGCUGGGUCAGGAUUUAAAAUAUUAUGGAAAGCACUUAGAGCAUUUCUUGAACCUCGCACGUUAGCUAAAAUUCAUGUUUUGGGACAUAGUUUUGUUCACGAGCUACGCGAAAUCAUAGAUCCAAGUAAUUUACCAACAUUUCUUGGUGGAAAUUGUGUAUGUUCUGAAUAUGGAGGUUGCCUUCAUAGUGAUAAAGGUCCUUGGAAUGAUCCUGACACUCUUGCAUUGCUUCAGGUUAUCUCUUCAGCAGAUGAAACUUAUGAUAAUGAAAAGGAAAGUGAUUUCGCUCCCAAAAAUGAUUUGUUAGAGAAUACACAGAAAAUUCAAGCAUUGGAAGAAGCAUUAGAAGAGACAAAGAAAAAAAUUGAGCUAUUAGAAAUAGCACUUGAAAGUACGAAAGUGAUUUUGAAAGAUGCAUCGGGCCGUAUAAAAGACUUGAGAAGUUGAAAAGUAAAAGUCCAAACAAAAUGCAUCUCAAUUGAUUUUCAAUUAUAUAUAAAAGGUUGAGAAUGUAAUGUUAGGAACAAUUACCGCUAAAAUGAGUAUCACUGAACUUACAUAAAGCUUACGUUAUCAAUCUCACGAUUUGAAGUUCGAAGACUUACAAAA